CAGCAGGGUCAAACGCAGAGGCUGUUGUUUAUGUCAAAACAUUUUGAGACGGCCCACCGUGAACUGAGAGGAAAUGUCUACCGCUAUGAAUUUCGGGUCGAAGACUUUUAAACCUCGGCCUCCGGACAAAGGCUCGUUCCCUCUGGACCAUUUCGGAGAGUGCAAAGCCUUCAAAGAAAAGUUCAUGAAAUGUCUCAGAGAGAACAACUAUGACAACUCCAUGUGCCGACUGCAGUCCAAAGACUACCUGGAGUGCCGAAUGGACCAUCAGCUGAUGACCAAGGAGCCUCUGGAGAAACUGGGAUUUAAGGACCUGAUGGAUCCUCCCCCCAGCCAAGCAGGCAAAGACAACAAAGCCUGAUUUGACUCCACAUCUGUGGAAUAAAGUGUUGUGACCGCUGACAAGGAUGACUGCAAAGACUCUGAACAUGCAGCUCCUGCACGAGGACUGUGUGCUUUCAGUCAAUACAAAUUAAUUUUGUACAUAAGAUGACUUUAUGUAAUAUAUAGAGAUGCUGUUUUGCUUGUCAAUAAAUCUUUUUUAUCUAAACUUUUA